CAAGAUCCUACAAACACCUUGGUAUCAACAACACCCGAACGGAUCCACGAUAUUCAAGAGCUGAUGCCGGCCCAUGAGAACUCCAUGCUGUCCGCUGAUAUACAGUGGAACCUCCACGACACUGCGACCUUUGACGACUUCAUACGUUCUACGCCUGACUUGAAUCUUCUUACAGCAACACCAUCUUAUUCGCUAGCUUCGGUUGGCCAGACCCCCGUUUCGCCGCCUUUGUUACUUCCGGAAACAGCAGAUGUAGCAUUUCAAGAGCAAUCUCAACCCGCUCCUCAGCGGCAGCGACAGGAUUACGCUUCAUGGCUGGUGAGCUCUUCCAUCCCACCAAUUCCUAACCAGAAUGUACGAUCAAUGAUGCGACGACCAAAUAUGCGUCCCGGAGUAGACAGAACUGCCAGUCUGUUAUUCUACACUCUUAAAUCUUACCCGCUAAUGCUGCGUCGAAGCACUCUUCCCCCAUUCAUCCACCCAAGCUGCGUUUCAUUCACAGAUGAAGGUACAACAAACGAGCCACUUGAAAACUGCAUUACCUUGAUACACAUGAUGGCGAAUGGAAUACAAGGUAGCCGAAGGCUUUUCUGGCGCAACGUAAAGCAAGAAUGUGAACGCAUGUGUCAGAACCAGACUCUCGGUAGAUGGGAACUGCUUGGUGCUAUGCAAGCUCUUUCGGUUUAUGUGCUGAUCCGUCUGGACGAGGGCGAGACUGAGCAUAACAAUGUGGACUUUCUUCUGGAGAAGGCCGUCAUUCUUAUCGCAAUACAACUGUCUCAUGACGACUUUGAAUGCCAUGCAGAUUACGUAUCGUGUCGCAACACAUCUGAAAGCAGCUGGCAAGACUGGGUCUAUAAAGAGUCCCAGCGGAGACUUGCAGUUAUCUAUCGCGUCCUGAACAAACUCAUCUUCUUUGAACCAGCAGCUAUGUGCGAUAUGCCUGGAGAAUUUGUGAUUGCACCUUUGCCCGCGAAACGGCAACUCUGGGAGGCAAAAAAUACACAAGACUGGAAAUCACAGAGCCAGACGGAGCCACAGGGACAAAUUUCGUACGCGUUGGCCGUCGACGGCGAGAUCAUCAAGUUAGAUCAGGGAAGGCUAUCCUGCCGCGACGCGUGGCUACCAUAUGCUCCGUCAGAUAAAGAACCCGCUUCUCAGAUUCACAACAACAGAAGUAUUCGUUGCUCAAACUUGUGGGCAGAGUGGUGUUCUGGUAUGGACGAUGAUGACUUGCAGCACUACAUGUCCAUUUCCGAUGAGAUUUCUCAGUAUAAGACCGUAAAGAUGCCCUCCAAGACAAGUAGUCACAUACUCCGGACUCCAGUGUUUGAAGUCGCCAUGGUUUCCGGCACUCCACCCUUCCCGUCGCCUGUCAAGCGCUGGCAUAAUACGGCUCAACCCGCCGGCAAUCCUAACCUCGCAGCUCUCUCUCAGAAAGGCAAAUCGAUCAUGGUGACGGGUGGAGGCAACACUGGCAUCAGAGGAGAGACAGCACGCUUCUUCGCUCGCGCAGGUGCCGCGCGCAUUGGUCUGCUUGGGCGUCGUGAAGGCCCUCUACUCGAGAACAAAGCCUAUAUUGAGAGAGAAUCUCCUGGUACCAUUGUUUUCAUCCAGAGCACCGACGUCACCGAUGAGGCUUCGGUCAACGCUGCAUUUGACAACUUCGCCAAGGAUGGCGAGAUCAACACACUCAUUCACGCCGCAGCAGCUGUUGGGUCGAAGGAUAAUUUCGCGGAUGUCGACGGCCGCGAGUUUCUCAGAGCUAUUACCGACAACCUCGAGGGUUCUUUGUGGGUCGCAAAGGCCUUUAUUCGUACAGCUGCCCCAGAUGCUCAUGUCAUCGCCAUCAACUCUUGGGGUGCUCAUUUGAGUCUCAACAAUGCCUUCGCCUCCUAUUGCGUUGCCAAGAUGGCUGUUUAUCGCUUAUGGGAUACCGUGCUUCUGGCAAAGCCAAACCUCAGUGUCUUCCAUACCCAGCCCGGCGUUGUCCUAACUGAGAUGAACCUCAGAGUCGGCGGUGCGGACAGCUUCAAAGAUGUGAAGACUGAUGAUGUCACUCUCCCGGCAAGCUUCAAUCUCUGGCUUGCGACCCCAGAGGCCCGAUUCCUCAAAGGAAAGUUCUUGUGGUGCAACUGGGACAUCGACGAGCUCAAGUCUCGUGCCAAAGAAAUUGAGUCUAGCAGGCUACUCAACAUCGACCUUGUCGGCUGGCCAUUCGAUACUCGCACUGAUUAG